AUGUCGACCAUUGUGCUUCCACGACCGAUUCCCACUGGCCACACGCGCUCUACAACACCGACGCUCGUGCUCGAGAAUAUCAAUACUCCUCCGACAGACUACCGUGGUGGACGAAAUCUCCCCAUCUUCCCCCCCAUCGAAUUCCCCACCGAGAAGCCGGACUCUCCUCCCCAGUCUCCACCCUCCAAAGAAAGGGAGCCCGAAUUCUGUUCCCUCCUCUACCCCCCGGAUCAGUAUAAAUCGCGCUCGCUUAGAGGCUCCAAGGUCUACGAGAUAGACGCAACGGGUGUGGCGGCAGCUUUAGACCAUAUCGCACGCCAGCCUUUGCCGGACCCUUCUCUUGUAUUUCCAUGGUUUCACGGCCUCCAUCCGUGUAAUCAUAUCCAGCAAGCGUUCUUUAUCGCCAGAAAGAGAAAUCUGCGGAAGACACCGAAAUGUUGGCGGGGCGUGACGAUCGUGAAGGCAGGCGGAGAUUUGAGCUGCUCCAGGCUCAAAGGCGCACUCGCCCCGGAAGAAUUCCUUGUUCAAGAUGAGGAGGGCACCAUGUUCCGCGAGAUUGAUCCGAAAGAAGGCUUCUCGGUGCGAAACUUUCAGAUCCAAGCUGCCAAAUCUGCCAUGAUUUCCGACAUUGUUGUGUACGGCGAUAGAUAUGAAGCAGAGAAGCUUGCAAGGGACAUAGCUGUUGCGCAAGAAGGCUGGAGAGAGGCACAUAAAAGUAAAGGGCAUGAAAUUCCCUACUACAACACCUUUAUCUGCACCAGUCGCUUUAGAGAGUUCGAGGAGAAGCAUGCAGAGAUAGUGGCCACCAAUACUCGAGGGUUCUUGACUGGCAAAAUCAUUGACUUUUUCCAGCAGGAGAGGAUCGAAAUGUGUACGAUGACGAAAGCAUCAGAGAUACAUCACAAUGUCUGGCUUGGUCCAACUCCAGACCAUACCAUCGAUCCGUCACUGUUACCAGAUGACGAAGAGCAUUUUGAUGUUCUGAUCGAAUGCAGCGAUAUGGGCUCUCUGAAGCCAAAUAUUCUGCAGGCAAUUGCGGAAGAUGGUAACUCGUCAAAGCAACCCAUCUACCUGGAUUUUCCGUCUUCUGGAAGCAUUAUGCCACCUUCUUGGUCUCAAGCUGAAGCUGAUGGGAUUCUGGAUACUUGUAAAUGGCUGUACAACGUAGCUCACGGCAUCGGUUCAACAACUCCGGAGAAAGACGAGGAUGGCGACUCUCAGAUGUCUUUUACGGGGUCUCACGAAUCAAGAGGAAAGAAGAUACUGAUCCAUUGCACUGAUGGUUAUACAGAGUCUACUCUUCUGGGAUUAUCUUACUACACGUAUGCGUCGGGCUUACCGGUACCCACGGCCUGGCUGGAUUUGCACUUGUCAAGACGUCGCAACUUCUUCGCUUACCCCUCUGAUGUUGCACUUCUUGCCUCAAUUGCGCCAAGACUACUCACCGAGUCACCAGUGAAUGUCAAGAAGUCCCUAGUAGAAAUUACAGAACUCGCCAAGGAGGAACCCGAGUGGAUCAAGAACAUGGACGGGUCCCUACCCUCGCGUGUUCUUGAUUAUAUGUAUCUGGGAAAUCUUGGCCAUGCAAACAACCCCGAUUUGUUGAAGAAUAUGGGCAUCGGCCAGAUUCUGAGCGUUGGAGAAACUGCAACAUGGAAAUGCACCCAAUUGGAUGAGUAUGGAAUUGACAAUGUGAUGACCGUGCAAAGGGUGCAAGACAAUGGGGUUGACCCACUCACCGACGAAUUUGAACGCUGUUUGGAAUUUAUUGAGCAAGGAAAAUCCAAGGGAACUGCCACUUUGGUACACUGCAGGGUUGGCGUGUCGCGCUCAGCGACUAUCUGCAUUGCGGAAGUCAUGAAAUCCUUAGGAUUGUCAUUUCCCCGCGCCUAUUGUUAUGUGAGAGCGCGACGAUUGAAUGUGAUUAUUCAACCUCAUUUAAGGUUCUCGUAUGAACUACUGAAAUGGGAAGAAAAGCUUCGCAAGGAGACCACUGGAGAGAGCGGAUUCAAAAGAGAGCUUGAAUGGCCAGAAAUUGCGCGAGAGAUUGCAGCGAUGAAUAAACCUUACGCCAGAUGA